CAGAAGGCUAUAAAAACCCCGCGCAUGACCUUGCUAGAUCAAUAGUUCACAGCAGGACCUAGCAUAUUCAGGAUCCAUCAUCGCAAUGGAGCAGGACUCCUCCUACUGCUACCCCUACCCAGCUGCAGCACCAGCCGCGUCGGCGUGGCUCACCUUCGACACGGCCGACAGCGACGACUUGGACAUGCACAUGCAGCUCAACGCGCUCGUCCUACGCUUGGACGCCGACGAGAGUUCCGACUCCAUCUCUUCCUCUUCCCCCGCCUCUUCCUCCGAGGUGGGCAUGGGGUCGGAGAACAUGCGCGAUGCGCACCUGUCUCAGGAAGCCUCGACAGGCGAGAAGCGCCCGGAGGCCUUCAUCGGGGUGCGCAAGCGGCCCUGGGGCAAGUUUGCCGCCGAGAUCCGCGACUCCACGCGCAGGGGCGCCCGCGUGUGGCUCGGCACCUUCGACACCCCAGAGGCCGCUGCGCUCGCCUACGACCAGGCCGCAUUCUCCGCACGUGGCGCCGCCGCCGUCCUCAACUUCCCCAUGGAGCGCGUGCAAGAAUCACUCGGGGCGCUCGCGCUCGCGGUCUCCGCCGGGGGCUCCCCCGUCCUUGCACUGAAGCAUCGCCACUCCAGGCGCACGCGCAGGCGCAAGCUCUCCCCAAGCGAAAACAAUCUCAAGCCACAGUGGCGGCCGGCGCUUGGAGGCUCCGGCAUCUCCAGCAGGGCCGUGGUGGUUCCGCAGCAGCAGGUGGCGCCGCCCUGUCUGUACGGCGUGGUUGAGCUCGAGGACCUCGGCACUGAGUACUUGGAGGAGCUCCUCCGGGUAUCCUCCGAGCUGGAGUAUUAGUUAGCACAUCACGCCGCCGUCGUCGUCUUCAACACCAUUGCCUUCAAGCCAAUGCCAUGGCACGGCAAGCCAUCGAUUAGCAUGCGCGCACUAGUCAUGUCACUACCUGCAAUCUGUGUCUGUACCCCACCACUCAGUCUCGGUGGGAGCCAUGAAUGUGUAUGAAUAGUUGUAUAGUUUAUAUUUCUUCA